AUGAAGUUCUUCACCGCCUUCGCCGUCCUGGCUGCCGUCGUAUCGGCGGCGCCGAGCGCCUACUCUUUUGAGGCCCGCGACGACAAGUGCCUGCCGCAGCGCAUCGCCGUCGUCGUGCUCGACAACUCGUACUCGACCACUUUCGCGGACGAGAAGAACCUCCGCCAGGAGGUUCCCCGCAAGGUCUUCGCCAAGAUGACGCCUGACGAGGACAAGGGCGCCUUCCUCUCGACCGAGUACCAGGGCCCGCAGGUGCUGGCCGCCAUGAACACGGUCAAUGCGCUCGAGUGGCCCGCCCCCGGACGCGGAUACACCGACCGCCCCCUUGUUGAGAUCAUCAAUGCUGCCACCAAGCACAUCAAGGACACGAUCAAGGAGGAUUUCCGCGACCGCGCCGCGAUUGUCUUCGUGUCCGAUGCCUGGGACAACACGGACGGCAACUCUGGCUGGCACCCCGGCCAGAUUGGCGUCAAGACCGCUCAGGCCAUCCGCGACGCCAAGGACCUCGGUAUCCGUGUCCACUGGGGCAAGCCGAACCAGCACCACGAUGUAAGGGACAUUGGUGAGGUCGGCUCUGCCGUCCUCGAGUCUGGCGGCUGGUACUCCGAGCUUAAUGACGGUGGCGGCCUUGACUACUUUAUCGACCAGCUGUUCAAGAAGGGUCUCACCAACAAAGACCAGGAGUGUGGCACUCCAGGCAAGCCCGACCCCAUCCCAACGCCGUCGUCGACUGAGAAGCCUCCCCCUACCUCUGAGGCGCCCCCUCCCACUUCCUCCCAGGCUCCUCCGCCCACUUCCGAAGCCCCGCCGCCGACCUCUUCCCAAGCUCCUCCUCCCACUUCCUCCGCAGCGCCGCCUCCCUCCUCGAAGCCUUCUCCUGCCCCCACCGAGUGCAGCGCCAGUGUUUCCACCGUCACUGAUAAGGUGACCGAGAAGGUUACCGAGACCGUCAAGGAGACGGUUACCGCCCCCGCGCCCUCGGCUACCUCUGGCAAGGUCUGCCUCGCUCCCUGCGACGUUCCUGGUGCCAAGCCUCUUCCCGAGAUGCCCAAGUUUGAGCUUUGA